AAGGUCGUCGCGGGGGUGAGCGGGCCGGGAGCGUCCGUCGCCUCAUCGGCCGCCAUGUUGUCGGUGUGGGCCCGGUCGGGCCCGCUGGCGCCGGUGCUGUGGGGCGCGGGCCGCGGGGUGGCGGGGCCGCUCCGCCCGCUGCUUCAGGCCUCGCUGCCCCCCGGCGCCGCCGACCCCGAGCCGCCCCUGUUCCAGGCCGACCCCCGACGACUGCGCCGCCAUGGCCCGCUCCGCCUCCUCCUCCUCAGCCCUCACAACAGCGCCCGAGGCCUCGCCGCCACUCACAGCCUCAACGCUCCCGCUUCGGUUCGUUAUUCUCACACAGACAUCAAAGUGCCCGAUUUCUCCGACUAUCGCCGAGCCGAAGUGUUAGAUAGCACGAAAUCUUCAAAAGAUAGCAGCGAGGCUAGGAAAGCCUUCUCCUAUUUGAUCACCGCCACGACCACCGUCGGCGUGGCCUACGCGGCCAAGAACAUCGUCUCCCAGUUCGUCUCCAGCAUGAGCGCGUCGGCCGACGUGCUGGCCAUGUCGAAGAUUGAGAUCAAGCUGUCCGAUAUUCCAGAAGGGAAGAAUAUGGCUUUCAAGUGGAGAGGGAAGCCUCUGUUCGUGCGUCACCGAACCCAGAAGGAGAUCGAGCAGGAAGGGGCCGUCGAAGUGUCGCAGCUGCGAGACCCGCAGCACGAUUUAGACCGAGUGAAGAAACCCGAGUGGGUUAUCCUGAUAGGCGUCUGCACCCAUCUCGGGUGCGUCCCCAUCGCAAACGCCGGAGAUUUUGGUGGCUAUUACUGCCCUUGCCACGGCUCACACUACGACGCCUCGGGCCGAAUCCGGAAGGGGCCUGCCCCGCUCAAUCUCGAGGUCCCGGCUUAUGAGUUCACCAGCGACGACCUAGUUAUCGUCGGGUAAACCCCCGGACUCGAGUCGUACGUCCUUCGGGGGCGACCCGUGUACAGAAAGGGGAAGCGAAGAGAGAGUCCGGCGUACUUCAGAUUGGGAAAAUCAAGCCGUUUUUAGUCUGCUGGUGAUGUGUGAAGAUGUUCCUCUGAAUCAACAAGCUGCAUAUGAUGAAUACUCUCAAGUGUUGGUUAAUAAAGGCACCAUCAAGCACUGUUUUGCUCUUCAUCUUCUUGCAGUUGUAUUGUUAUUUGUCCCCUGAUAGUGCUUCCCAAUUAAAAAUAAUUUACAGGCUAGACCUA